AUGGAGCCAUUAUUAACGCUGGAUGGUGCUGCUAAUUUCUUGGUAACAUCAGAUCUUCUGCUUGACCACAUGACCAUAGAAUGCAGUCCGGAAGGUAGCAACAGACAUGCACCAGAAAUUGAUGUGCACAAAUAUUUUUGUGAUUACAUACAGGAGGCCGCAGUUAGAACAGGUUUCUCCAAUUAAUAAAUUCAGUUAUUACAAUACAGUCGUACUGUAUGACUUAUACUGUAUAAUGUACAUGUAUCUCCUCCCCAUAAAAAUUUGUGCUUUCUCCAAACAAGUGUUUUCUGUCAUGCAUAUCGUUCUGAGAACAUCUAUAGAUCCUUCAAUAUCUGUAUUAAUAUCACAUAUCAUUAAUUUUGCCUUUUAGUAGAUGGAGAUACAUCUAAGAAUAGCCUUUCUACGUUAUACAAGUUUAUAACUGGCACAAAAAGAGUGACACCACUUGGGCUGGAGAAAAACAUCGCAAUCAAGUUUAAACAUGAAUGCAAGCCUGGAUGCCAUUGUAGACCAACAGCUGCUACAUGUGAUCCCAGCAUUACCUUUCCAAUCCACUUUGAGAACGCAAAAGAUUUUGAAGUCAUUAUGGAUAGUGCUCUGGAAGAGAGCACUGGUUUUGGAUUUGUCUAG